GGCCACGGGGGGCUGGGACGCGGCGGUGCGGGGGCGGGAGGGCGAGAAGAGUGCGGGGGCCGGGGAGGAGGCGGGAAUUCCCGCCCGGAGGCCGGAACCCCGGGCUGCCAUGGAGUGAGCCCCUCGCGCGGCCUGAGAGUCCCCGGAGCAGCCGCGGCCGCCAUGGGGCCCUGGGGAGAACCGGAGCUCCUGGUGUGGCGCCCAGAGGCGGUCGCCUCGGACCCCCCGCUGCCCGUGGGGCUGGAGGUGAAGCUGGGGGCCCUGGUGCUCCUGCUGGUGCUCACGCUCGUCUGCAGUCUGGUGCCCAUCUGUGUGCUGCGCCGGCCCGGAGCGAGCCCCGAAGCCUCGGCCUUCCGCCAGAAAGCCCUGAGCCUGGUGAGCUGCUUUGCCGGGGGUGUGUUUCUGGCCACCUGUCUUCUGGAUCUGCUGCCUGAUUACCUGUCUGCCAUAGACGAGGCCCUGGCAGCCCUGCACGUGACGCUUCAGUUUCCCCUACAAGAGUUUAUCCUGGCCAUGGGCUUCUUCCUGGUCCUGGUGAUGGAGCAGAUCACGCUGGCGUACAGGGAGCAGUCGGUGCCACCGCCUCGAGAGGAGACGAGGGCGCUGCUGGGAACAAUGAAUGGGGGGCCGCAGCACUGGCACGACGGGCAAGGCCUCCCACAGGCGAGCGGAGCUCUCGCAGCUCCCUCAGCCCUGCGUGCCUGUGUGCUGGUCUUCUCCCUGGCUCUGCACUCGGUGUUCGAGGGGCUGGCGGUGGGACUGCAGCGAGACCGGGCUCGGGCCAUGGAGCUGUGCCUGGCUCUGCUGCUCCACAAGGGUAUUCUGGCCGUCAGCUUGUCCCUGAGACUGCUGCAGAGCCACCUGCGAGCAAAGGUGGUGGCUGGCUGUGGCAUUCUCUUCUCAUGCAUGACACCUCUGGGCAUCGGGCUGGGUGCGGCUCUGGCAGAGUCAGCUGGCCCACUGCACCAGCUGGCCCAGUCUGUGCUGGAGGGCAUGGCAGCUGGCACCUUUCUCUAUAUCACUUUCUUGGAAAUCCUGCCCCAGGAGCUGGCCACUUCCGACCAGAGGAUCCUCAAGGUCAUUCUGCUCCUAUCAGGCUUUGCCCUACUGACUGGCCUACUCUUCAUCCAAGUCUAGGAGGCUCUCAGAGGGGCAGGGGGAGAUUGGGAACCAGGUGCCCUUGAACCCACUUUCCCUCUUCAGGAAUGGGGAAGGGAUGUAUUGAGGCCCAAAGAGUUCUGAGAGGUGAGGAUGGAGCUUUUGGGACAAUCUGACCAAUGGGAAAGAAGUGAGUAGACAAAAGUCUGAUCCCCAGGCUCAAGGGACAAGGCAUGAUCAAGUCACUAGAGACAUGAUCAAGACACAUUAGUAUUAGGGAAGACACUGAGCACUAGGAUUGAGCAGACACUACACAGAGACAGCUGACACUGGGGAGGCUUUGGGAUGGAAGUAGAGAGGACGCAGACCCAGCACACAGUUCUCUUGUUUCUAGCCCAUUUCAGCCCUCUGUCAUGUGGAGUGGAUCCCUCCUAAUUUUCUCAGUCCUACUCUCACAUCUUUCUCCUUUCCUUCACCCAAGACACUAGUGCCAAGUGGCCUCUUUCUGCCAGUAUUGGUACCUUCUUUGGCUUCUCCAGUUCUGCUCACUCUAUUUUUAAAGUGCCAAAUAAAAUGCCCUCCCUCUUUCUCAAAGCACAGUGAUGCACUGAGCCCUUGCUCAGCACCUCAGUGAAGGGGUCCUUUUGCUCCUUAUUUUACUCCCAGAUUCUGGGGUGGGGCAGGAAUGUUUGUUGAGUUGGAGUGGAGGGAAGGGUUGGCAGAUCCAAGAGCCCUACCAUUGCUGCACUCUAGGAAUACUGAACAUGGAUAUAUGGUGCCCCAUAUGCCACAGGUGAUAAACAUUGAGCUGCCAAAACUUUUUAUAUCAUAGAAGCCCAAGGGGGGAUGGGGAAUGUUCACCCCCAGGGUUAGUGGGGAUGGGGGUGGGGGACUGGGCACAGGGCCAUAUUCUCUAGAAUCUAUUUUACUUACUGAUCUGUUUUGGUAUAUGUUCCCCAAAUAAAAGAUGUUUCUCUA